ACAGGCGCCGCGACUCAACCGGCCAACUGAAGGCCGCAGAUGCGCAAUUUUUUUCUAAAUUUCAGUCCGAACCAAAUUUUUGUAGCUUUGUAUCGAUUUACAAUUAUUUUUUAACAUCUUUUUAAAACAGAUUAGGAUAAAUUUUUAGUGUUCAUAAUGGAAUUGAGCAUUGCGGAUGGCCAGCCCGCCCGCGCGGAUGGGCAGCUCCUGUCUCGUUGUAGAAACUCACGCGAGAGGGAGUGCAUCUCGGUGCACGUGGGGCAGGCGGGCGUGCAGAUGGGCGUGGCGUGCUGGCAGCUGUACUGCCUGGAACACGGCAUCCGGCCCGACGGCACGCUGCCCGCGGCGGAGGCGGACGCCGGCGCCGACUCCUGCUUCAACACCUUCUUCUCGGAGGCUGACCGCGGCAAGAUGGUGCCGCGCGUCGUCAUGGUCGACUUAGAGGCCACGGUCAUAGAUGAGGUGCGCACGGGCGAGUACCGGCAGCUGUACCACCCCGAGCAGCUGAUCACGGGCAAGGAGGACGCGGCCAACAACUACGCGCGCGGCCACUACUCCACCGGCCGCGACAUCCUCGAGCCCGUCAUGGAGCGAGUGCGCAAGCUCGCUGACCAGUGCACUGGCCUGCAGGGCUUUUUCGUUUUCCACUCGUUCGGCGGCGGCACGGGCUCUGGCUUCACGUCCCUGCUCAUGGAGAAGCUGUCCGACGAGUUCGGCAAGAAAAGCAAGUUGGAGUUCGCCAUCUACCCCGCGCCGCAGGUGUCGACGGCGGUGGUGGAGCCGUACAACGCAGUGCUGACAACGCAUGCGACUGUGGCGCACUCGGACUGUGCCUUCAUGGUGGACAAUGAGGCCAUCUACGACAUUUGCCGGCGGCGCCUGUCCAUCGAGCGCCCCUCCUACGCAAAUCUUAACAGGCUCAUAUCUCAGGUGGUGUCGUCAAUCACGGCAUCGCUGCGCUUCGACGGCGCCCUGAACGUGGACCUGACGGAGUUCCAGACCAACUUGGUACCUUACCCCCGCAUUCACUUCCCGCUGGCCGCGUAUGCUCCCGUGGUAUCCGCGGACAAGGCGUACCACGAGGGCAUGUCAGUGUCGGAGAUCACGGCCGAGCUGUUCGAGCCGCAGAACCAGAUGGUGAAGUGCGACCCGCGCGAGGGCAAGUACAUGGCGUGCUGUCUGCUGUACCGCGGCGAUGUCGUGCCCAAGGACGUGAACGCGGCCAUCGCCAGCAUGAAGGGGCGCGCAGGCAUCCGCUUCGUCGACUGGUGCCCCACCGGUUUUAAGGUGGGCAUCAACUAUCAGCCGCCGUCGGUGGUGUGCGGCGGCGACCUGGCGCAAGUGAAGCGCGCCGCCUCCAUGCUGAGCAACACGACGGCCAUCGCCGAGGCGUGGGGCAAGCUGGACCACAAGUUCGACCUGAUGUACGCCAAGCGUGCCUUCGUGCACUGGUAUGUAGGUGAAGGUAUGGAGGAAGGGGAGUUCUCGGAGGCUCGCGAAGACUUGGCGGCGUUAGAGCGCGACUACGACGAGGUCGCCGUCGAGAGCUCUGAGCUGGAGACCGGCGACGACGAGCUGUGACGCGCCCCGCACCCCGCACCCUCACUCCGCACUCCACACCCAAUACCCAGCUCCCCGCAUUCGCCCCGCACGUGUCGCGCACCUGCACCCGCACCUCACUCCCUGCACCGUCGUCUAUCUAGUGCUGGUCUUGGGAAUAAAGUUGCAUGCAAUGGUGUCAAGCCUAGUUUUUGCAAGUAAAGUUUGCCAUAGAAUGCAAGUUGCGGGACACAUCGCGCCGUCAGUGGGUAUAAUGCAAAUGAAACGCUCAAAUUAGCCCAAUCAAAAAGUCUAUAGAAGUUCCAGCGCCCAACAAUAAGCCGAAGCGACAUCGCUCCAGUCGCCGUGCGUUUCUAAAAAGAGAACGGAAACUUCGAUGAUAUACACAAGUGUGUGUACGUGAUCGAAGAUGAUCGUGUGAGGUGUCGCGGUGCGGCGAGGGCGACGGUGCGGCGUGGAGGAGGGUCGCCGCCAUGGCGGACGCCAGAAAACCGCGGCCGCAUUUUGUUAAUGUUGAGUAUGGCAGAACUACGGGAAAUUUAUUAAAGGUUCGAAAAUGUCCGCCGAAGGUACCGACUCUCCCUUGCCCCCGCCGCGCACCACGCCGCGCACCACGCCGCGCAACACGCCGCGCACCACGCCGCGCACCACGCCGCGCACCA